AGAGGAAAACAGAGGGCAGCAAUCAAGAGACUAAUGUUACUGAUUAAACUUCAGGUUUUACUGCAAAUACGUCUUUCAGUGCCAAAACGUAUAUGUCUGAUGGUACAGUGAACAUUUGAGAAAGAAGACUGAUACGUUUAACGUCUCUGUGGUUAAUCGAAGCCAGCGGAAUGUUAUAGCUGUGGGAUAGCCAAGUCAUCGGUAUCAAAAAAGGAGAGUUAGCCUAGCUUGCUAUUUGAAUUUUUUUUACUAGCCAUCAUAGCCGAUUGACCACUUAACUUGAGAAAAUUACUGUGUCUGUUGUUUUGUAAAGACAGAACCCAAGUGAACAGAAUGCUAUCGUUAGCUAGUUCGAUCUGACAUUUCCUCAGCCUGUUGUUAUUUGCCUAAUUUGACCUGUUACACUGGAUAGCAAGUGGACUGGUUUGGAUGCAAAAUUGUUGUCAUUGUAUCGUCAUGUUAUUUUAAGCAUCCAGUUGAAAUUUCUUCAUUUGCUGCCCGUUUUGUUCGUCUGUGUCAAUCGUUUGGUUCCAUAUUUGUGUUGUUUGACGAGGCUUGUGAACAAGCAAUGAUCUGAGUUGGGCUUUUAAACAAUCCUGUUAGCAGCGUUAGCAGCAGCGCUAGUCACAUAUCUUGCGUUGGUAUAAUGUUUCAGAAAUAACUGUUUACCAUUAAGGCAGCUAUCCCUUAUUCCACGGCGCCAGCCAAGUCAUUUUACAAGCUUGAUGCAUCUGUGUGGGUUUUGAGUUUUGUGCAACUUCUGCUGUUCCCUAUUUUCGCGUUGUGUUUUGUAAGCUAUCAACGUUAACUAAGCUAUCGAUAGCAGUUAUUUGCACUCAGAUUCUACACAGGCAGCUGUUACAUUGUUUGUGUGUUCACAGUGGUAUUAGGUCACAUACAAUCACCUGAGUGUAAAAGGUAUUUUAAGAAAUACUUUGCAUUUAAAAUACAUUGAUCAUAUUGAUAUUUAGCUAUAAUUUCAAACGCCAUAUUUGCAAUGCAUUGAGUGUAUGUUAUGUUGAUAUUUAUUAAGUUGUGUAACCAACCCAUUAAUACGUUGUCUGCAAACUAAGCUCAGAACCCAAUCUGUAGAGAUUGUGUUUAGGUUGCCCUGGCAAAAGCUGAUCAGAGAGCAAAUGCUGUCUUAGUAACCGGUUAUUACACAGCUAUUAUCACCAAUAACAUAUCAAACAUCAGUAACAACCUCCCAGACAUAUCAAGUGUCACAGACUUGUCUGAGUUUAGCAUCAGCUGUUUACCAGUUGUACCAGUUUUAGUAUCCCUUCGCUGUCGGUCAAGCCCAGACACGCCCAGAGGAAGUAGCUCGAGAUACAAUGAGCAGUCAUGGUCCCUCACAGGAAAAAGGAGUCAACAACACCAUUCUAGCGUGCCAGGAGAGCUAUGUGUGUGACGGCUCAGAGGAGGCUGUGUUCGAGUGCACCGAGUGUGCCAGUGUGCAGUGCUCGCUCUGUGAGCUAGAGGUUCAUCAGCAGGAGGGCCUGCAGGACCACCAGCGGGCUCCCAUCGGACCCGGGCACGUGCCCCUCUGCAACAACUGCAAGGGGGGCAAGGGCUCCUCGGGCAAUGCCAACGGGAAGCGCAACCUGUCAGUCGUCCGUUGCCAGACCUGCAAGAUCAACCUGUGCCAGGACUGCCAGAAACGUACCCACAAUGGAGGGGCCAAGAAGAAGCACCCUCUCACUCAUUACCCACCACCCAGUAGUGCCCAGGUGGGGGCCCAGACUAAUGCCAGCGGUGGGCAGGACCAGGCCAAAGCUCAGCAGCUGGCCAAGCUCCUGGAGAAGGUCACCAGCUUCCUGUUGGUGGACGAGAACGAGGAGAUGCAGAUCAAGAACGACGAAGAGUUUGUGAAGAGGCUGGACUGCCAUCCGGACGAGCUCCUCAAAGUGGUGUCCAUCUUCGGGAACAUUGGAGAGGGCAAGUCCCACACGCUGAACCACACCUUCUUCCAGGGCAGGGAGGUGUUCAAGACCUCCCCUACGCAGGAGUCCUGCACGGUGGGCGUGUGGGUGGCCUUCGACCCCUGCCACCGCGUGGUGGUGAUCGACACGGAGGGUCUCCAGAGCAACAGUGCCAACCAGGGCCAGCGCACGCGGCUCCUGCUCAAAGUCCUGGCCAUCUCCGACCUCAUCAUCUACCGCACCCACGCCGAUCGUCUCCACGACGACCUCUUCCGUUUCCUGGGCGACGCCUCGGAGGCCUACCUGAAGUACUUCACCAAGGAGCUGAAGGCCACAGUGUCGCGCUUCGGACUGGACGUGCCCCUGUCCACCCUCGGCCCCUCCGCCAUAAUCUUCCACGAGACGGUCCACACCUCUCUGCUGGGCUCAGAGAGGCCGUCGGAGCAGGUGGAGCGGCUGCUUCAGGAGCGGUUCCGUAAGCUGGGCCGGUUCCCCGAGGCCUUCAGCUCCGUGCGCUACUGCGGAACCCACACCAGCACCCCGCCCACCAACUUUAAGGGCCUGCGGAACCUUCUAGAGAGCCAGCUGGAGAACCACACCACGCGCUCCCCACGCUCGCCAAUAGUCAUAUUCAAAGCCCUGCAGGCCCUGAGUGAGCGCUUCAGUGGUGAGAUCUCGGAUGAGAUCAUCUCUCACAGUUGCUUCUUCCCCGAUGAGUACUUCACCUGCUCCAGCCUUUGUCUCAGCUGUGGUUCGAGCUGUAAGAACAGCACAAACCACCUGAGGGAGGACGUCCCCCAUGAGGCCAAGCAGCGGUGCCGGUACUCUGCUCACUAUGACAACAGAGUGUUCACCUGCAAGGCUUGCUAUGAGGGAGGGAAGGAGGUGAUUGUUGUGCCAAAGACCUCUGCGUCCUCCGACUCUCCUUGGCUUGGACUUGCCCGAUACGCCUGGUCAGGGUAUGUGAUUGAGUGUCCCAACUGUGGGGUAAUCUACCGCAGUAGACAGUAUUGGUAUGGCAACCAGGACCCCGUCAACACAGUGGUCCGUACCGAGAUCCAGCACAUCUGGCCUGGGUGUGACAGCCUGCUGAAGGACAACAGUAACGCAGCGCAGCGUCUGCUGGACGGGGUCAACCUGAUGGCCCAGUCCGUGUCUGAGCUCAGCGUCAAGCCCGCCAAGGCCGUCACCUCCUGGCUCACGGAUCAGAUCGCGCCGGCCUACUGGAAACCCAACGCCCUCAUCCUGACGUGUUAUAAGUGCAGGGUGGUGUUUGAGGAGAACGACUCGAAGCACCACUGCCGCGCGUGCGGAGAGGGUUUCUGUGACCAGUGCUCGUCGCGCCUGCGUCCAGUGCCAGAGAGAGGCUGGGGCCCGACGCCGGUCAGAGUGUGUGACGCCUGCUAUGAGCAGAAGGACACACACACAGAGCUGGUGGUGGUGGAGCAUGAGGAGGAGGAUGGCGGAACCCUGGCCCGGAAGGUUGGAGAAGCGGUGUCCAACACAUUAGGAGCUGUCGUCACUGCCAUUGACAUCCCGCUAGGGCUGGUAAAGGACGCUGCACGUCCAGCCUACUGGGUGCCUGACCAGGACAUCCACUCCUGCCACAGCUGCCAACGCCACUUCACUGCCAAGCUGUCCAAGCACCACUGCCGGGCCUGCGGCCAGGGCGUUUGCUCCGAGUGCUCGCCCGCCAGACGCCCCGUGCCCUCCCGCGGCUGGGACCACCCGGUCCGGGUCUGCACCCCUUGCGACCAGAGGCCUGGCGACCUUUGACCCCUGACCUCUCUGAUCCACGCACUCCUUUAGCGUUUGACCUUAAGCAGGGCUGGACCUACAGUACUCUAGAACUUAGUGUGAUGUUAACUCCCCCCCCCCCCCACCCCUCUACUCUAUCAUUACGCCAAAUCCCUCUGCCCCUCUCCCCCUAACAAACAUUUUUAGCUGUUGUGUGAGUGUGUGUAUGUGUGUAUGUGUGCGCGUGUGUGCGUGUAAUGUGUAUAUGAGAUGUGUGUGUGUGUGUGUGUGUGUGUGUGAGUGCAGCACAACGGACGAAAGAAACAAUAACUGACAUCAGCCUUGCACCUAAACCUUUGGAGAUCACUUGAAGUUUGGUGCUUAGUUGAGUAAUAUGGUGUACUGUAACUGGUCAUCAGCUAAGAGAGGCCAGGAGUUCUCACUCUCCCCACCCGCCCUCCCCCACACACACACACAAAUCCAUCUUGUGCAUCCUCCCUCUCCGCAUCCCCAACCUUUCCUCCACUGGGUGAUUGCCUUGUGUGUACAACCGUUUUUGUGUUUUAUCGCUGAUUUUGUCAUGAAAAGUUCAAAGUUACAUGUUACACUGUGGAGUGGUCUGGUGUGGCCUGCUAAGCCACUUAUCAAACUUGGAUGAUUCAGGGAUCAUUUCUCGUUUGUUUUUUUUUUUGUUUUGUUUUGUUUGUUUCUUUCUUUAUUUUUUCAAUGAUCAUUUUAUCUUACAGAAAGGUAAAGCGUCAGCAUUAGCGGAGAACCAUAGAGGAGAAUUGUUCAUGCUCAUAGCAUGCCAGAUAGUAUCUAUUCUGUUAUUAUAACAGUCAGUAACGGCUGGUACAAGUCAAUUGCAGAGAUUGACCGUUUUGCUCAGCCACCUAGAUAUUCACUGGACUGGAGCAAGUGUGGUUCAUCAUUAAAUAUAGUAAUAUCUGGUUAUGUUUAUAGCAUUUAAAUGCUGAUGUAUGUUUAUUAUAUUAUGUUUUCAUUAUUAUUGUAAUCCUUAUAUUUGGCUUUUGUUUUAGUUCGCAUCUUUGUCACAGAAAAGGGAAAAAAAAACGGCACACCUGCCCGAGAGCUGAAUGGUCGGUGGUAGAUUGCUAUUGAAGAGUGAAUCAUUAGCUGUCUUGUGUGAGAGCACUGAUCAAUAUUCUGCCUGUUUUGACAAGGAGAUGUUUUAUGAGAUAUGUUUUCUUGACGAUGCGGUAUUGUGUAAAAGUAGCCACUUGAGUUGCCUGAAACAGUGUCUCCCCUUCCUCCUCUACCACCGUCCCGUCGAGUUGCGCCACACGCUCUUGAGGCUGUAGGCAGGGGCCUCAGACAUUUAGAUCCAGGCUUCGUUUUAGAAAACACCUCUUCAUAAAUACUAAAAAACAAACAAAAAAACUAAAAGAACGAUUGACUAUUCAUUUGUGAACAGCUGUUCACCAAUUCAAUACCUCGACUGAAGUCAGAAUAGGGGACGAUUGAGCAGGCUCUUAUUGCGAAUAGAUUUAUCGAUAUCUAUGUUCAGAGCGUUUGCAGUCCUGCUUGCUGGAUAUGGACAGCAGUCACCUGUGUGACCAAAGGUUCAAUCAUCUGCUAGUCUGAUUGGGUUUGUUACCAUGGGGCACCAGUCAAGAUUUCAGUUAUAUGACAUUUAUUUUUGUAUCAGUAAGCUUUUAAAAGAUUGAGUCUAUUGACAACAUGGGUACCAACCCAUAGAUUGUCACUAGCUCUGUACAGAAAGACUGAAAGGAUUUGAAAUUGGCCAGAUAGUCAGUAGUGUAUGUGCGUUUAUAGGUUAUGUAACUUUAGUGUAGUCAGAAACGAUAUUGUCUAAAGGCACUCCCCGUCCUAAACACUACCACAGAAACACACACACACACACACACACACAUACACACAUAUUCAAAGCACACAGAUAUCUGUUGCCUUUAGCCAGUGAAUGAGAACAACUGUUUGCCUUGAAUGUACAGAAUAUCUUACCCAUGUAUUCAGUUUGAUGUGUCUCCUUUGUUUUACACCAGCCGCUCACAGUUUUUUGCAAUGCCUUGGCCAGAGUUGUUCUUUGUAUAAGGGGCAUCCACCCCCACGUAGUAGCCACAAAAGGAGCAGUCUGGGCUGGAAUACAGCCGGAUCUGGGCCGGGUCUGCUCCGGAGUUCUCUGCUAUCUGGGUUUUAAAUCCCCUGUAUCGGUUGCACUAGGAUGCAUGAAAAACAAGAAAACAAGCUUUUUAUUUUAUUUUUUCUUUGUGGGGGGGUGGGGGGGAGUCGGUGGUCUGAUUUACUGUAGUGCUAAUGUUACCACUUGUCUGCCAUGAUCAUUUUGCAUUUGCACUGAUUAUUCAACCACGUCCCUUUGAGUGUUUGUGGUACUUCUCCAUCAAAAGUAUCACACGGACAGAUUACUUAACGGAGAUGCUUUGAUGGGUGAUGGUUUUAGUGCCAUAAAAAAAAAAAUCUUUUCAAACGGUUGUUGUGGUGUGUGUGCUGCAUAUCUUUUAUCUCUGUGUGACCCCCGACCUUUGACCUUUGCCAUGCCAUCGAGUUUGUACUUACCUCACCGCACACACACACACUCAAGAACAGAUCUGAGGAUCGCAGCAGAGAAUGAUGCUCCUCCGAGCACUUCUUGUGGGGAGAUCUUACAGUCUGUCUGCACUCUCAUACAUGGGGUGCCUCUCAUGCAGCGUUUAUACGUCCUCCCUCACUCCUAAGGCCUCGAUCCUCACUGAUCUACAUAAAGAAUGAUGGGGCGGCAACAAUGGGAUAGGCUAGCCCUUCUUCUAUCUUUCUUUAUGUAGAUCAGUGAGGGUCGAGGCCCGAGGAGCGAGGGAGGACGUAUAAACACUGCAUGAGAGGCACCCAUGGUGUCCACCUACCAUCUGAUACUGCUGUCCCAGUAUGCAUCUCUUCCUGGGACAGACUCCACCCCUGGGAUCCGGGAUCCGUUCCCAUGGCAACUUCUCUCUGAGUGACGACGACAAGAGUUCCAUGCCACAGCUACAGUUACUAUGCACUGACCCAAGACGAAGAGAUGUGUGUCUGUAAAACUUAAAACGUGUGUUGUCUGUGUCAUUAUAUGCAGAUUAAAGGGGAAGAAAUGUAA